AUGCGUGCGCAAGUCCUAGAACGCUUCAAUACCCCAUACACCUUCAAGACCGACCACCCUGCGCCGCCUCCGCCCCAGGGACAUGAACUCCUCAUCCACGUCAAGGCGGCGUCGUACUGCCACACGGACGCGGUCUUCGCCGCCGGUGCCAUGCAGCAAGAACUGCCACGCAUCAAUUCUCAUGAAUUCGCGGGCGUCGUGGAGCAGAUCGGCCCCGACGCCAAGAAGAUUGCGGAGGCAAAGGGGCUGAAGGUGGGGAGCUUGGUGGGCGUGCCGGGGAGGGCGUUCAACGCGUGCGGCCAGUGCAAGGAAUGCACCGAGAAUGGUGGGGACAUGAAAGGGUACGGUGUCUGGUGUACACGCGCAGGCAAUCUGGGCAUGACCAAAGACGGCGGGUUUCAGGAGUGGUGUCUGGUGGAUGUCCGGCAGGUGGCCCGCGUGCCUGAGGGAGGAAGCCUACAGGCAGUGGAUAUUGCGCCGCUGAUGUGCGCGGGUGUCACGGUUUGGAACGCCCUUGAGACGGCAGGCGUGGAUACGACGGCCGGCAAGAGUAGUGGCCAGGGCAAAUACGUGGCGAUCCUGGGGGCGGGCGGAGGAUUGGGACAUCUGGGGGUACAGUUCGCGGCCAAGCUGGGGUGGAAUGUUGUCGCCGUAGACACGACGCCCGCCAUGGGGAUGCUGAAGGAUGUGGUUGAGGGACUUGGAGAGGACGGUCAGAGAGUGACGGUGGUGGAUGCGUUGAAGGAAUCGGUCGACGACGCGAAGAAGCGCAUCUUCGGAGAGCCCGAAAAAGGGCUCGAGGGCGAAAAGGGCUGCGACUCGUCCAUCAUCCUUCCCGAAUCGCAGGCCGCCUUCGACUUUGGCAUGGGCGUGUUGAAGAACCACGGCACCUGUGUCUGCGUGAGCUUCCCCAAGGACGGGUGGAGGUUCAAGCCCGGCGACCUGGUGUUUCGACACAUCAAGCUGCUCGGCGUCCUGACGGGAAGGAACCGACAGCUGCAGGCCAUGGUCGAUUUCGCGGCGAAAAACGGCGUGAGGGCCAAGAUCAGGACGUACGCGCUGGAGAAGUUGAAUGAGCUGGUCGAGGACUAUCACCGGGGUGUGGGUGGGAAGCUGGUCGUGGAUAUGGAGAAGAAACCAUAG